GGGGUUGGCGCUUUUCAUAUCCCCUGCUCUGCUCUCUCCUCUGCUCUACUCUGCUCCCGCAGCACACGCCCUCUCCCUCCCCCCCUCCCUCCCUUCCUUCCUUCCUUCCUUCACCCUCUCCCGUCUCAUCACUCCUCUGGAUCAGCUCUCUCGUGUACAAAUAUAAAGAGAAAAAGCAGAGACUCUGCAGUCUGCAGUCAUCCACCAGCUUCCGUAUGGUUUCAGUGAGACUGCCGGGCAGUGAGUGCAAGACGGGCUUUGCGCGGAACCAUUCCCCACCCACCCAUCUUUAGCUUCUUCACUUUUUCUCUCUGCGUUGCUGAAGAAACUUGAAAGAAGGAAAAAAGUGCUUCGGAAACCAAAAUCAGAGCGCUUUUACCCACUUGCAGUUUGUUCAGAAAUGGCCGAUUGGGGUUUCGGAUUCCUAAAGUUUGGCAGAAAUUUUUUUUUUUUUUUAACCAUUAGCUUCGGUGUUGAGAAAAUAGAGGAAAAGAAAAGAAAGGAAAAUUUUGAGCCUCGUGUUAUGUAUUGCUCUAGGUUUCAGACCCCACACAUUUUCUCAAGUCUUUUCACAAUAACAAAUCUAAAUUUCAAAAUUUUGUUUGUUUGUUUUUCCUGUAACUCCCACGAAGUCAAGAAACAGACUGGCAAGAUAAUUACAAGACUAACAAUGGUGGGUGGAGUUGCUCAACAGCCUCUUCUGAACAUACUGCAAAACUUUUUAUGGAAUUUUCGGUUUUUAGGAAACCAUUGUUGAAUUAUUGUGUUUUCAAAAUAUAUAAAAUGUGGGUGGAGUUUUCAUUUAUGCAACAAUUAAUGCUGUUAAAAUAUAUAAUAAUGAAGAGGAGGAGGAUUUGGGAAUUUCUAUCGAAAAUGAUCAUUAUUAAACCAUUUUAUGUUCUUGAAGAUCCUUAUUUUCGUUUCUUUACAGUAUUUUUUUAAAAUUUUAGCCUUUUAAUGUUUUAAAUUUUUCUAAAUUUAAAGUCUUGUACCAAUAAGGUACGGGUAGGAUGCUGGCUAAACAUGAGACUAUGCUCUACUGGAGAGAACAUUUGUGUUCUUUUCUUCAACACAAGAUGCAUACAGAAGCCUAACUAACGUUAAUCAGAAGAAGCUGAUACACGCCCUGUAAAUUAGUUGACAAUGUCAAGGCAAGCUCAUCUUCCCCCUCGCUGCCCAUUUCAAAAGAAAGUCGCCCCUCGCUCCACACAUGAACCUAUCCCUCCAACACCGCGAAGAGGUUAUGAUUUGCGUCCUCAGCACCAUAAAUCUUCAUCCCAAAGCUCCAUCCUAGAGGAGCAACCAGCAUGGCUUGAUGAUUUGUUGGAUGAUUCAGACUUGAAUUCAAAAGGAACAUCCCAUCGACGAUCAGCUAGCGAUUCAUUGACUCUUUUGGAUGGCAUUGUUGACCAGUUCCCAAGUCUGACUCCCCUUAAUGAAGAACGUUCAGUGUGUAAUGAAAGUUGUAGUAAGUUGGAAUCAGAUUGCAUGUAUGGUCCCAAUUCCCCUCGGCGAAGAGGCAGCCUAACCUUCUCAGAGAAUGCGAUAGUUUCAGCAUUAUCCGAAUAUGUUUCUCAAAAUACUAUGCAGUAUAUAGAUAAGAGUCACAGCAUUAGUGGGAUUGCCUGCUCUGAUUUGAGGGGAGAUGGUUGUAGGCCUGCUGGCGAGCUCAACGCAGAAACAAAGACAGUAAAACGGCACCCUGGGCAGCGCUCUAGAGUUCGCAAACUCCAGUACAUUGCUGAAUUGGAAAGAACUGUCAAUGUUCUUCAGGGUUUGGAAUCAGAGUUAGUAGCCAGAGUUGCUUCUCUCCGUCAGCAGCAUGUUGCUUUGUCCAUGGAAAACGGCAAACUAAAGCACCGAGUAGGAAGACUGCAGCAGGAGAAAUUGCUCAUAGAUGGUGAAUAUCAUUCUCUAAGGAAGGAAGUUGAGAGGUUGAAGAUUGGUUUAGCAAAUUCCUCCAGUAGAGAGGGCAGGAGUUACUUUCGGUCAAGUUCUGCUGCCGAGACAGUUGGAUCGGAUGCUACUUGGCAGAUGUUAGACAUAGGUAAACUUAACCUUAAUUGAAACUCAAGAACCAUAAAUUGUGUUGAUGUGUUUUUGAAAGGUGUGGUGUACUCCAUCCUCGCUAUCUGUGACAAGAUAUCAAGCCAAACUCAAUUCCCACAGCUCACAUGUAAAUGCCCAAGCUCUUAGAAACUCACAUAUAUUAUCAACUGGAAGCUGGCACCAUCUUUUCUUUAUUUUCUUUUUUUGUAUCCACACAACACAAAUACAACUUAGGUUGCAUUUGACUAUUUAAAAAAGAUCUGCUUGGAUGGGAGUCAUUUUCCCCAACACAAA